AUGGCUACGAGCAGGUACAUCGUCUAUCUUACGGAUUGGAACCACAUCAUCCCAGAAGCUUCGCUGGUAGCGAGUGUGACGCAUGUUGCGCUUGCCUUUACUAAAUCAGCCACUUUCAAUCAAGAAGAGCCGACUGAGUGGCCUUUGAAAAAGACAGCCACUGAUGAAGUGCGUCAAAAGUUUUCGCCUGGGACUCUAAUAUUGCUUGCGAUAGGAGGUUGGGGCGAUACAGAAGGAUUCGAUGCCGCUGCCGGAUCGCAUGAUGGGCGAAAACGUUUUGCCCAAAACGUGCAAGGAAUGGUUGAGGCUACAGGAGCAGAUGGCGUAGACAUCGACUGGGAAUAUCCCGGUGGCAACGGCGAGGAUUACAAGAAGAUCCCGAAUAUCGAGAAGGCUUGGGAGAUUGAGGCCUUUCCACUUCUUCUUACGGAGAUUCGCGCGGUGUUGGGUCCUAGUAAAGUGAUAUCCGCCGCUGUGCCAGGCCUCCGUAGGGACAUGCUAGCUUUCACACAGACAACAAUUCCGGCGAUAGACGCGUCAUUAGAUUUCUUCAAUGUCAUGACCUAUGAUUUGAUGAACCGACGUGAUCAGGUAACGCUUCAUCAUACGGGAAUUGAGUCUUCUCUGGACUCCAUCAACGCGUACGAAGAGAUGGGUGUUUCAUUGGAGAAGCUGAAUCUUGGCUUUGCAUUCUAUAUCAAGUGGUUCAAAGGUGACCCCAAUGGAGAUUGUAAUGAGAAGCCAAUAGGCUGCAAGGCAGCUCUCAUGGAAGACCCAGAAACUGGCGAUGAUCUUGGACAGACAGGGGCCUUCACCUGGCAUGACCCUGUUCCAGCGCAACUGUCAGCAUCAUAUGACAGAGCAAUGAAGUAUGGCAUGUAUGAUUCUAAGGGUGGCGGCCAUUAUUACUUGGAUUUAGGAGAUCACAUUUGGUGGACUUGGGAUACGCCGGAUGUCAUUUCAAGAAAGUUUCCGGCCAUAAUGCGAUCAAAGCGACUCGGUGGUGCAUUUGCUUGGGCACUAGGCGAAGAUGCCGACAGAUUCGUCCAUCUCGAGGCAUUGAAUGCUGAAAUGGCGAUUGUUCAACGGCGUCUGUCAGGAUUAGGCUAG